CUCCUUUCGCGCUGCACAAGACAUCGUUCAAAUUGCCAUUAAUUCGAAUUUAAAUUAUCAAAAUAAAGCGUGCAUUAAGACAAGUCAAUUAUGCGGUCAUUGUGUUUUAUGAAGGCAAACGUGUCGGACACACGAUUUGUCAGGAAAAUUGUGAAAAUUAGGAAAACUCCAGUGAUAAGUGGCUUGCGGGCAUUUAGUGGUCCCUCAAAAUUGACUCACUGCCCUACAUGUCAAAUAGUGGUACCACUAUACAUUAGACGUAAACGCGCCAGAAGCAAACGUCGAUAAAAGUGCGAAACAAAACGCAACACUGAAAAUGUUUGUAAACAGCUGCUGGCCAAAAGACCGCCAGAUGGCGUGGCCUCACCUCGCUUGUUGGCAUUGCCAGCAGCGAGUAAACGCCAUAUUUGAUUCUUCCUCAUCGCUGUGGUGUUUGUUAAAGAAAGCGAAUUUUCAUGUCCAAGCAUCUGAGGCAUAUAUUGACUGAAAUUCACAGAUAAAACAAAAUGAUUUGAAUUUAAUGUGCAAAUGUGUCUGUGUAUACAAUCGUGAGUUGUAAGGCUUAGGAGCAGCAACUACUGGCCAAAGCCCAAAAAGUGCUCGCCAUGGAACAGUACAUAGUACAUAGCAAUAGUGAGGACAUGGAAAUGAAACCCGUCUACUCCGACCUGCAAGUGGUGCAAGUGCCGCACGACGAAGUGAGUUCUCUUGUGCUACAGGACGAUCAGCAGCUCGUGUUCAGUGAUCAGCAGCAAGUGGUCUACCAGACCGCUGCCCCCGCGCAGUAUCAACAGCCGCAGCAGACUGCGACGGCUAGCCACUAUAUUAUAGGCGCCGAGUUGCAGCAGCAACAGCAGCAGGACGUGCAACAGCAACAACAACAACAGCAACAAGUGGUGAUGCAUCACCAACAUCAGCAGGUGCACUAUCAGCAGCAACAACAGGAAGUGCAGCAGCAGCAACAGUUGCGUCUGGAGCAACAGCAGCAAUAUGUGCAACAACCCGCCAUUCAACACACCCAGCAAAUCUACUACACAUCCGAUCAAGUGCUGCAGCCCAACACGAUUGUGCAGCACGCCUCAAUGCAGCAACUGCAACAGCAGCAGCAACAAAAGAAGCAGCAGCAAGUGCUGCAACAGCAACAUCAGCAGCAAUAUCAACAGCAACAGCACACCGCCUACCAGCAGCAAACGACACCCCUGGUACAAGCGGCACCCCAACAGCAGCAACAGUUGCUACAAAGUCCGCAACAUCAGCAGCAAACCCUGCAGCUACAGACAUCGCCAGCACAACAGCAACAGCCACAGCAGCAUCCACAGAUCGUCUACCGCAUGACAACGACGCAGCAACAGCAACGACAAAUAAGCAUGCUCAACAACACGCAUGUGAUUGUGCAACAGCCCACUGGACAACAGGUGCUAAUACAGGCUCCACAGCACCAGGAGCUGAUUAUGCGUCAGGCGACUGGUAUACCGCAACAGGGAAUCAAUAUUCAUGCUUAUAACAAUCGCGUGGUAUACACUACAUCGCCGCAGCAGCAACAGCAGCAGCAGCACGUACUGCAGCAACACGUGCAGCAGCAACAACAACAGCAGCAACAACUCCAUCUACAGGCACAAACCACACAUCUGGUGCAGACACGAGUGGUACCACAGCAGACGGGCAACGUCGUUUAUCAGCAAGUGCAGUUGCCCAAACCCACGUUACAGCAGCAACAGCAACCUCAACAGCAGCAGCAACAACAGCAACAACAGCAGCAACAACAACAACAACAGCAGCAGCAACAAGCACAGGGGCAAGUACAGGUGCAGCAACCCCAGCUAGUGACCACAGGCACACAACUUGUGCGUUCCUCCUUCCGCGGCAAAGCGACCCGUGGGGGUGCCAUCAUAGCCAGACAACCGACUGGCACUGUGAUAGCAGCACGCCCAGCCCUAGCACCCACUAUUGUCCGGCAGAUGCGGCCGCGUGGCGGCCUUCAGACAGUUACCGGUGGCAUUGUGCGCAGUGUACGUCCACAGGGUGUGAGGCCCAAUCGAACCCAGCUUGUGGUGCAGACAACGGCUUCCGGCGACGGACAGACCAUGCAGCUGGUGACUCAGCCACAGAUGGCCAAGCAAAUAACCAUAACGAACUUGGGUCAGCCUACGGUAACGGCACCAGGACAGCAGAUGCAGCCGCGCCACAUCUACAGACAUGUAGUGAGCGAGGCGGGCCCCAACCCCCAGCAACAGCAGCAGCAGCACCAGCAGAUGGUCCUGAUGCGCCAACAACCAAUUCGUUAUCGACCAGCUCCAGCGCAAACGGCUGCGGCGCCUGCGCCCAAUACGAACACAAUGGGGCUGGAUCUGGAGGAGAGCAUACAAGCCGUGAUGGUCAAGAAGGAUCCGCAGCAGCAACAGAAGGCAGCGCCAGGAACUAUGCAAAUGCAACUGCCGCCAGCGGGGAAUACCACAUUGACCACCUACUAUCAGCAGAGCUCAGCCACCAACAGCAGUAGUGAAGAAGAACAACAACAGCAGCAGCAGCAGCAGCAACAACAACAACAACAGCAGCAGCAACAACCACAUCAACUUCAGCAGCAGCAACAGCAACAACAAACGCAGCAGCCUGGUGUGAGGACAGCUAGUGGCGCCACCAUGAGUCUUUCGGAAUAUAAAAAGCGCCAGACCAUGGCCAGUUCGCCGGCUCCUCAAGCUCCGACUACCACCGGACCGACAGUCAUGCGACCAGCACCUGCGCCUGGAACUCUGGUUCGAUCGGUGCCCAAGUUGGUGCCACAGCCUCAAGCGGCACAGCAGCAGCAGCAGCAGCCCAAUUCGACCGUGGCGCGAAUCAUGCCCCAGCAACGAGUGCUUGCCACAGCGCCAACGCCUCCACACGCUUCCUCUGUGCAGCAGACGUCACACAACAACUACGAGAUUCAUUCGCAGCACGUAUUGAAUAAUCGAGCGGGACAGCCCAUCGCGGAUCGGGAUCGCAACAGUGCCAAGAUGUUGGUCAUCCUAGCAUCCGGAGAGCAGCGAUUGAUAACAUUCACACUGCCGCGAGAGUCGUGCACCGUACAGGAUCUGCUGGAGCAGGUUUGUGUGCCCUUCGACAAUACCACCACCAUUCAGUGUGUAGAGCAUCACGGCGCCAACGUGGACUUUGUGGUUACGGUGGGCUUUUCCGUCAACGAAUCUGCCAGCGAGCUAAUCUCUCGCGCUGAGGAGAGUCUUCAGAUGAAUCGGCAGCAGGAGAACGCCGCCGCAGCAGCAGCAGCAGCGGCGGCAGCCUCAACAGGAACAACAGCAACAACAACCACCACACCUGCCUACAAUCCACAAUCGUCAGCAACCAAUUCUGGAGUUACGGAUCAGGCUAAGCGGGAUGCAGCAGCUACCAGCACAAGCUCCGCUUCUCCGGCUGUGAAUGCACCAUCGGACGGUCCCAAGUUGAUCGACGGCUACUAUGCUGUCUGUCAGUUGUGCGGAUUCACAGGCAUGGAUCAUGCCAAGUGCGAGAGAUGCAGACGCGUUUUCCAGGAGCCACCCAAGCGAAAAGCCUAUGUAACUAAGCCUUCGAAUGCAACUGCAGCAGCGAUAGGUGGAACAGGAUCAUUGACAGGCGACUCAGCAACGGCUGCGGAUAAGAAGCGUGAGCUGACACGUCUCAACAAGCAGGUGGUCGGCGUUGGCUCCUUUACCCCGGGAUCAGCCACCGUGCGAGGCAGAGGCAUGGCCAUCAGAGGCGGACGGACGCGCAGCGGUCGAAGAGUCGCCGAGGCUGAUCCAGUUGUCUUGCUCAGCAGUGAGGAUGAAGCUGAACAGGACGAUUCCAAUGGCAACGCUGGCAGUUUUCCCGCCCACAAUGCAAAACGUAAUUCUAAUGGAAAUGUUAAUCAACUGCCUGCCGCCUUCGCCUGUGAUCCAGUGCUAGCCGACGUAGACGAGGAAGCUCUGUAUAAAGACUUUGUGCGAGGCGAUGUUACUGAUUUAGCCGAUCUUCCCGAAGGCGAGACGUUCACCACCGAAUUGACCUGCAAAUGCCUGCGUCUGAUGCCAUAUCGUUUUACGGUAACAGAGCCGAUAAUAUUCACCUCUAAGGGCGUUCGCAUUGCUGGCGUGCUGCCCGAUAAGGAUGAGAAAUUCGUCUUGAACAUCUACAAACACGAGGUUAUAAAGGUUAUUGCACACUUCGCCAGCUACGAGCAGGCCCAGCCUCUGGUCACGCUCUAUAUGCUGAAAACAUGCGCUCAGUAUGUGAAGUCUCAGCUGCAGCUACCUGAAGAUACACCCAACGAACAGUUCGGUAUCAAGUGGAAUGGCAGCUUUCAUGAGCGCCGUUUGAUAUUGCUCUUCGACACGAUCAGCGUUUCGGCACGCGAGACUCUUAAGUCUAUGUUUAGUUUCCUGGAUGAAAUUUCAGCGCGGGAUGCAGCAGAAAUAUUAGAACGUAUCGCCGACUCGGAUCGCAAGGCACUAGACAAGCCCAUGCAACAGGCCCCGCGUCAGCUUCGUCCCGAUGAGCAGGUUAGUCUGCUGAUGUACCCGCCUAAGGGCACUGGUGGACUGUGCAUACGCAUGGAGGAUUACGUAUGCUUGACCAAGGAGUCGUAUUUGAAUGACAUUAUUAUUGAUUUUUAUCUGCUCUGGCUGCGCAACACGCUGAUACCAGAGGCUCAACGUGAACGUACUCACAUAUUCAGUACAUUCUUUUAUAAGCGUCUCACAACCCUAACUCGACCAACGGACGUUAAGCAGACGGCGGCACAAAAGCGUCAUGCUCGUGUCCAGAAAUGGACAAAAGUCGUGGAUAUAUUUGAUAAGGACUUCAUCAUAGUGCCCAUUAACGAGCAAUCACAUUGGUUUCUCGCCAUCAUUUGCUUCCCCUGUCUAAAAGGUCCCGUCACCUUCGAUACGAAUCAGCCCGUGGAGCCGCAGCAUUUGAAGCGUGCACGAGGCAAAAAGAUUGCUCUGCAGAUCGGCAACACAACAAUCACGCCGCUGUCCAAGCGAGAAACUGUCACAUUGCCGACCAUGCCCAGCGAAAUAUGUAGGAUAGCCGACGACGAGAGCGAACGCGAUGAGGCCGAAGGCGAUGAUAGCGACAUGGCAUCAGAGGUUAGUGAAAAUUCAAAUCCACCCAUCAGCAAGGAUACAACAGCUGCUGCAGCAGCUACACCUGCGCCCGCGACAAGUUCUGGCCCCGCACGAGCCACAAACGAGGAUGUGCCGGCUGUAAAGCAGCCUUUGAUAUUAAUAUUUGACUCUUUGGCGGGCGCGUCUCGAAGUCGAGUUGUGGCUACGCUGCGUGAUUAUUUGACAUGCGAAUACAAGGUGAAGAAGCCGGAUGCGCAGGCGCACGUAUUCAAUAAGGAUAACAUGCCCGGACAUUGCGUCAAAGUGCCGCAACAGAACAAUUUUACGGACUGCGGACUCUAUCUGCUGCAGUAUGUGGAGCAAUUCUUCAAGGAUCCCAUUAAGGAUUAUAGAUUACCCAUUAAACAACUGACCAAUUGGUUCGAUUACCUAACUGUGACCAAGAAACGUGAAGACAUUGCCCAGCUAAUACAGCAGCUGAUGGAUGAGAACAAUGCACACCAGACGCGACUCAUUUUGCCGGUUAUCGAGUUUCCCACACUCAAUGGCCAGUUGGUGGAGUAUCCCGAAGAGACGGAGAGCGCUGAGUUUGAGGAAGAGGAAGGCCACGACGAGGAGGAGCAGACUAGCGAUGUGCAUGAUGAUAAUACGGCCACUGAAAUGGAGGUAGAUCCCACGGCUGAGGAACUGCAACAGGCCCAGGCGUCCAAGUCGUCCACACACGCCGUCUCAACGGCCACGACCACUACAAGCGCAACUGUGAUGGCGGGAACUACGACGCGCCGAUUUGUGCUCAAGCGUCGCCUGCAAAACGGUGCCUCCGCCUCUCCAAGCAAUAGCAACGGCGCAAACGGGGGAGAAGCCAACAGCACCAAUAGCCAGCUGGUCCCGCAACUGAUUAGCACUGCCUCCUCGCUCAGCAACAAUACACCUAGCGCCGGCAGCGCUCUCCUAGCUAAAGGUGUCGCCAGUGUCGGUACCGGAAGCCUUAAAAUUCGCAAGAUCGAACAGUAGCAUACGGGCGCCGGCUCUGAGCCAGUCGCAGAGAUGCCACCGCUACAGCUGCUGCAAAUGUUACGCCCACUGUAAAUAUCAAGAAAACAAUUAUACAAAUCGUACAUUUAAAAUAUGCCCAACAUUUCUUAAAUUAAUAUUAAUUAUAAAAAGAAAAAACAAAACUCGUCAAAUAUAUUGAAUAGUGAAGUUAUAUGAAAAACUCCAUUCGUUUCUAUAUCGAAUA